GGAGGAGGAGAACUUUUCCCCCGGUCAUUUUUGAUAAACUGAUUUAGAAUAUGGUCUAGAAGCAAACAGAUUUACUUCAUGAAGACUAAAACAGAGCUCUACAAGGACUGGGAAGAAAAUGACAGUCUAAAGACUGGUGCAGAUGCUGAGCAGGAUGCUGCUAUCAAACUUGCCCAGGAACGAGCAGAGAUAGUUGCCAAGUAUGACAGAGGACGUGAGGGUGCUCAGAUUGAACCGUGGGAAGAUGCUGACUACCAUCUUUACAAAGUCACAGACAGAUUUGGGUUUCUACAUCCAGAGGAGCUUCCUGUCCAUGAUGCAGUGAUAGAAAAGCAAAAGAACCUUGAAAUUGAAAGAACUACAAAAUGGCUUAAGAUGCUGAAAAGCUGGGAAAAAUACAAGAAUAGUGAAAAGUUUCAUAGGAGAAUUUACAAAGGGAUCCCACUGCAGUUGAGAGGGCAAGUCUGGUCUUUGUUGCUUGAUGUUCCUAAGAUGAAAGAAGAAAUGAAAGACUUUUAUAAUAAAUUGAAGUGUCAAGCACGAGGGUCUUCACCAGAUAUUCGGCAAAUUGACCUCGAUGUGAACCGCACGUACCGAGACAACAUCAUGUUCCGGGACAGAUAUGGUGUGAAGCAACAAUCUUUGUUCCACAUUUUAGCUGCAUAUUCCAUAUAUAAUACGGAAGUUGGAUACUGUCAGGGAAUGAGCCAGAUCACAGCUUUGCUCCUGAUGUUCAUGAAUGAAGAAGAUGCCUUCUGGGCCUUGGUGAAACUUCUGUCUGGUCCAAAGCACGCUAUGCAUGGUUUUUUUAUUCCUGGUUUUCCAAAACUGAUGAGGUUUCAGGAACAUCAUGACAAAAUAUUGAAGAAAUUUUUGUCCAAACUUAAGCAGCAUUUGGACUCCCAGGAUAUGCCCACCAGCUUUUACACAACCAAGUGGUUUUUUCAGUGUUUUCUUGAUCGUACUCCCUUUACAUUAAGCCUCAGGAUAUGGGAUAUCUACAUACUUGAAGGAGAGAGGAUUCUCACUGCUAUGUCUUACACAAUUCUGAAACUGCACAGAAAGCAUCUGAUGAAAUUACAAAUGGAAGAGCUUGUAGAAUUUCUGCAGGAGUCUUUAGCCAAGGAUUUCUUCUAUGAAGAUGACUUUGUAAUAGAGCAGCUCCAAAAUUCUAUAACAGAAUUGAAACGAGCAAAGCUGGAUUUACCAGUAGCUGAGGAAUUUUGGAGUUUUCUCUUGUACUUCAAGAAUACACAAGUAGCGGUUUGUAAGAUGUCUUUUUGCUGCAACAUCAUAGAUCCUUACACAAUUCCUUUCCUCCCAGUGCUUUUUAUGGCUGGAGGUAAAGAAGAUGAAUUUCCAAAGAAGCCACUGGGGCAGAUUCCAUCAGGACCUCUGCCUCCUGUGCUUAACUCCACUCCAAUGCUUAAUGGACAGAACAGUACUGGUACACAAGCAGCAAGACAAAGGACAGAGAGAAGACCAUCCACAGAAGAAGAACCAGAAAGUUCACCAAAUGACCGAGAAAGAAUUAAUUCUGUGGAAAAGAAACCUUCAUUAAAACAGCAAAGGAUUCGACCAGUAGAGACACAAAACAGUUUGCCUAAGAAUGAGGUGGACACCAGAAAAAAGCCUCAGCCAGCAGAGCAAGACAACUCAAGUCUAUACAAUAAUGCAGCUGCUAAUCAGAAUUCUAAUGCUACUUCCAAUACAAGAAGGGAAUUUGUACCUAAGUGGAAUAAACCGUCUGAUAUCAAAAUAAUGGAAAAGACAAUGAAACUCACUGCAGAGGUGAAAGGGAGGCCAGCAAACCAUUCUGGUUUGGGCCCACCACCAAGUCCUGGAGAAAUGCAGCCUUUGAAUGUAAAGCAAAAGGUGAGGGUUUUGGAUGCUGACGAAGGUAAGCGAGGGUCUAAUGCAUCUCAGUAUGACAAUGUUUCAGAGGAUGAAACUGAGGAUGAGAAUGUUGUUGAAGAGAUGCUUGAGAGAGCUCAUCCACAAAGUCCUAGGCAUGUAGCAUUUUCUAAUAGUCCAAGAAAGCAAACAGAAAAAAUACCAGCUCCAUUAAAAAUACCCAAUAAUUACACCUUCACUUCACAACCCAGAUCUCCAAAAUAUGCAUCUCAGUCUGAUGGUCCAUCUCAUGGAAUGAAUGUAAAGCAGCCACUGCCCGGUUAUAGUAAUCCCCCUACUUACUAUGGGAAUUCUCCAAAGCAUGUUUCCAGUAUAGGCAAUACAAGUUCUGCACCUCUGCAUUACCACGGGAAUCGACCCAGCCCCUCUGGAAGGCCAUAUGCUCCUUUGAUGUCAGUAGAUUAUUCCCCAAAUAAACUGCAGAUGAAUUCCUAUCCUGCCAGUCGCCAAAAUGCUCUUCCACCAGCCCCUGCUCAGACAGAAGUCUCUCCUGUUGAUGCAUACACCAGCAACUCGAGGUCCUCCCCAGGUGUCAAGUUCAUAAUCCCUCCAGCAGAUUAUUUACCAGAGGAGAGAAAGUGGCCGGACGCCGCCUACGUCUACAGACACGAACCCUACAGGCAGCCCUGGAGCCAAGACCUGAACAAAGGCCACUUGGAUAAUUUCCAGAAGUACCAGCAUUUUCAGCCAACACCUUUACAAGACCGCAGUCUUCCUGCUGUUUCUGUGGAUAGUCCAGUGAGAUACAGGACUUCCCCGACCUUGGAAGAGAAUGGUUCCCCACAGUACCAAUAUGCAAACCCACCAGCUCAAGCCCAGCACUAUCGGAACAGAACUGAUGGAUUGUCUAUGCACGAGUCUGUGCUUCUUUGAGAAUCUGGCUGUGCUUAGUAAAAUGGCAAGAACCAAAACCAGUGAACAGUACUGUGUUAGUAGUAGUCCUCCUCAGUUCUCUGAAAUUUGGAUGGUUCGUGUGAGUUCAAAAAUAACGACACUAUUUCAGAGAUGUUUCAGACUUUGGUUGAAAGCUGGUGGAGUUCUUGGACUUGCAUGGAAGCUACUGGAAGUGAUCUAAUGCACAUAGACAUAGCAAUAAGCUCAUAUACAUCAUGUGGUUCAUGCUGUCGUUGCUCCUUACAUUCUAAAUAACUCGUGUUACAAUCCUUCUGCCUAAAACCUGUAACACACUGAAAAGUUUUGACUGACAUUGUUAAUGCACUGUACAGAUAUGUGCGUGUGUGCGCCUGUGUGAGUGUGCACUUACAGUACACAAACUCAUAUGGAAGAGAGCUAAAGAGUUUAAAUUUAAAUGCAUUUAACUUUGGGCAAAGCUUGUGAAGUACUUUUAUUUCAUAUUAAUUUUUCUUUGUAAUUUAUUUGAGAAACCAUUCUUUUUGAAUGGCAAUUUCUGUCAUUUUUAUACAGCUGCCUCAGCAUCCCAGUAUCUGUUCUGGUCAGGAGAGAUGCUUUGGGAUUAUUAAUUUAAUCAUAUGUGAGAGUUAAUUUCCUCUCCUUUGACUACUGUUUGUCAUUUUCCUCAGCAGGAAGGAGCAGGCAGGAAAAAGCAGAUAGCCAAAAAUGUCUCUCUGAUCUGGCUUAAAUGGUGCUUAAAUUCAGGGCAGUGUAUAGAAGUUUUUUAAGUGCAUCAGAAAUGGAGAAUUUGUACCUUCUCACCCAAAUCUACUUUCAGAAUGUCGUUCUAUAUGCAAAAGACUGGAGCACAGUGAGGCUAAUGCCAGAUACAGAAAUGGUGCUGCACCCUUCACUUUUUGCCAUGCUGUGCUGUCAGACUCAAACUGGUUGCAGGGCCAAAUCUCACAGAUAUCAGAGGAUUGCACAGCUCGUUGACACCUCUGUGAAGUGCACAAAGGAAUUUGAGCUUUGCUCCAAGCUUGACAUUCCCCAAGCUGUGUGAGUAUCAGUGUCUCUUGUCGAGUGGAUUUUGUUGUGUUUUGCCCUUUUUCCCCCCAAAUUGCCGGUGGGUUCCUGUCUGUGGUGGGGCGUGUGCUGCUGUGCUGUUGGGCUCGCACUGCACGGUGUUCUACACUAAAAGGACCCUGACUGUUAACAGGAAACUUAAACUCCUGCUGAUGUAAGUAAUUCUAGUUAGUCUUUGCAGCCUUUUCUACUUCAUGCUUUCCUUUCUGUUUUGACUGUGAAUUGGGAGUGGAAUAAAAAGCAGGUGAAGAGGCACAUGUAGGAUGGAGUCCUGCGAGCUGCAGGACACACUGACCUCUCCCCAGGAGCUGAGGCAGAGGAGGGUCUCACCAGGAGAGGCCCUUGGAGUGCUGAACAGAGAGAUUUCUCUCAUACUGAAGUACUAAACAUUGGUAUCAACACCAGUUUGGAAGGUUGUCCUGUUCCCUUUUGUUUUGUAAGGUUUGUUAACUGAAAACAUAGAAAUGGAUAUUUUUUUUUUCCUUUAAAGAAUGAGCUUUAGUGCCUAUUAUUGCUGCAGGUUGGCUCUGUAAGUUUUAAGGUACAGAAGUAAAACAAUUUUUACAAAUGGAAGUAACAUUUACUUAGUAUGUUUCCAAACUUUUUUUUUGUGUAUAUAACGUGUCUGAUGUAAUUUUUAAUAACUGGGCAAUUUUAUAUUUUAAAAAUUGCAAACUGCAGCGAAGUAACUGUAGCCAAGCACUACACUGAAAUCUUGAACUAAAAUUGUGAAGAUAAAUAUGACUUGGGCUUACUUUAGUUCUGAUUGCUUACAGCAGCUUAGAAAUGUAUGUAUAUAAUAUUAUGACUAAGUGUAAUAAUCUCAGUGUUUAAUGAUGGUUCUGUAAUUCAUAAUGAAGCUGUACAAUUUAUUUGUGCAAACAACUUGAGGCUCCAAAAUAUGUAUCAGCAUUAGUAAAUACUGUAGAUUUUUAUAUAUAAAAUAUAUACACACUAUUUUCUUAUUUCAUCUGCAACAGUUUUAUAACUGUGUACCCUAUUUUGAUGUGACUGUAUUUUUAACAUGUUAAAAUAAUAAUAAUUAAGCUU